CCCGUGACAAAAGGCUCUUGGAGAAUCGGCAGCAGGUUGGAAAUGACAAAAAUUGGUGAUUGGGAAUCUCAAACUCAGUGACAUGUCAGUUUUACUGCCUCUGUCCAGGUAUUUAAAGAGUGACCAGAUAUUUACUUUGUGACACUUAUAUAUCAGUUGUUGAUCCUUGGAGACAAAGAAGUGUGUCAUCUCAGCUGGAAAUAUGUUUUGAAUCUGAAAUGAAGUUGUCUGUUGUAACUCAGUGAAAUCCACUGGAAGCAGGGAGCUGAGAACAUAGCAGCAUUUGUUCACUAGAGAUCUUCAACUACAUUAAUUGAUUGUGUGAGGGAUUCGCUAAUUCUGACUGAAUUAGCGAAUUGGCAGAGAAUUGAUAGUAAACUAUGAAAGGGAUUCACUCACUCAUCCCACCUACAGACACACCAACGAUUUCAAACUGAGGAGAUGCCGUUCACCUGCUCUGAUUGUGGGAAGGGAUUUACUCGAUCAUCCAACCUACAGAGACACAAACGAGUUCAUACUGGGAAGAGGCCAUUCACUUGUUCAGACUGUGGGAAGGGAUUCACUCAAUCAACUGCCCUACUGGCACACCAACAAAUUCACACAGGGGAGAGGCCAUUCACCUGUUCAGUAUGUGGAAAGGGAUUCACUCAGUCAUCUGCCCUACUGGUACACCAGCGCAUUCAUACUGGGGAGAGGCCAUUCACAUGCUCUGAAUGUGGGAAGAGAUUCAAUCGGUCAUCUGAACUGAAAGUACAUCAGCGAAUUCACACUGGGGAGAGGCCAUUCACUUGCUCAGAUUGUGGGAAGGGAUUCAGUCAGUCAUCCAACCUGCGGAUGCACCAACGAGUUCACACUGGGGAAAGGCCGUUCACCUGUUCAGAUUGUGGGAAGGGAUUCACUCAUUUAUUCAGCCUACAGAGGCACCAGCGAGUUCACACUGGGGAGAGGCCAUUCAUCUGCUCAGACUGUGGGAAGGGAUUCACUCAGUCAUCCCACUUACAGACCCAUCAGCGAGAUCACGUUGGGGUGUGGCCAUUCAUCUGCUCAGACUGUGGGAAAGGAUUCACUCAGUCAUCCCUCCUACAGAUGCAUCAACGAGUUCACACUGGGGUGAGGCCAUUCACCUGUUCGGCAUGUGGGAAGAGAUUCACUCGGUCAUCUCACCUACAGACACACCAGUCAGUUCACACUGGGGAGAGGCCAUUCACCUGUUCACUCUGUGGAAAGGGAUUCAGUCACUCAUCCAGCCUACAGAGACACCAACGAGUUCACACUGGAGAGAGGCCAUUCACCUGUUCUGUAUGUGGUAAGGGAUUUACUCAAUCAUCUGACCUGCUUGUACACCAGCGAGUUCACACUGGAGAGAGGCCUUACACCUGCUCAGACUGUGGGAAGAGAUUCACUCAGUCAACCAACCUUGUGGUACACCAGCGAGUUCACACUGGGGAGAUGCCAUUUAUCUGCUCUGAUUGUGGGAAGGGAUUCACCCACUCAUGCCACCUACGGAGACACCAACGAGUUCACACUGGGGACAGGCCAUUUAUCUAUUCAGACUGUGGGAAAGGAUUCACUCAGUCAUCCAGCCUACUGACUCACCAGUCAGUUCACACUGGGGUGAGGCCAUUUUCAUGCUCUGAUUGUGGGAAGGGAUUCACUUGGUCAUCAUACUUACGGAGCCACCAAUAUGUUCACACUGGGGAGUGGCUGUUCACCUGCUCAGACUGUGGGAAGGGGUUUACUUGGUCAUCUGAACUGAAGGUACAUCAGCGAAUUCACACUGGGGAGAGGCCGUACACCUGUUCAGACUGUGGGAAGGGGUUUACUCAGUCAUCUGAACUGAAGGUACAUCAGCGAAUUCACACUGGGGAGAGGCCAUUUACCUGCUCAUACUGUGGGAAGGGAUUUACUCGGUCAUCUGAACUAAUGGCACACCAACGAGUUCACACUGGGGAGAGACCAUUCACCUGCUCAGACUGUGGGAAAAGAUUCAGUCAGUCAUCCAACCUACGGAAACACCAACGAGUUCAUGCUGGGGAGAGGCCAUUCACCUGCUCACACUGUGGAAAGGGAUUCACUUUGUCAUUUGAACUGAAUUUACAUCAGCGAAUUCACACUAGGGAGUGGCCGUUCACCUGCUCAGACUGUGGGAAAGGGUUCAGUCAGUCAUCUGACCUACUGACACACCAGCCAGUUCACACUGGGGAAUGGCCAUUCACCUGCUCAGACUGUGGGAAGGGGUUUACUUGCUCGUCUGAACUGAAGAUACAUCAGCGAAUUCACACUGGGGAGAGGCCAUUUACCUGCUCAUACUGUGAGAAGGGGUUUACUCGGUCAUUUGAACUGAAGGCUCAUCAGCGAAUUCACACUGGGGAGAGGCCAUUCACAUGCUCAGACUGUGGGAAGGGAUUCAUUUACACAUCCAGCCUACAGACUCACCAGCGGGUUCACACUGGGGACAGGCCAUUCUCCUGCUCUAAAUGUGGGAAGAGAUUCACUCAGUCAUCUACCCUACAGCGACACCGGCAAGUUCACACUGGGGAGAGGCCGUCCAUUUGCUCAGACUGUGGGAAAAGAUUCAGUCAGGCAUCCAACCUUUUGGCGCACUUCCGGUUUCACACUAGGAAAAAAAUUUAAAUAAGCUGCAUGAUGGAUAUUUAACCACCACAUUUGCUGAAUCCAGAAUUAAGCUCCAAAGUAACUGUUGGUGUCGAAAUCUGCAAUUAUUGCUGCUGUUCUUCAAACCCAGUUCUGCACCCUGGUCACUGGGCAUGGGAGGAGCUUCUUCUGCUGCUGUUCACCUUUAAUGGGACCUGAGUUUAAUAUUCUGGAUCUGUGACUAAUAAAUCAGUUCUAUUUUAAACUCUGUUUCGGUUACUUGGUGAAUUUACAACACACACCCAGUGUACAGGAAAAAGUCCUCUCAGUCCCCCUGGUUCCUGCCACUUUUUCUAUUCCACAACUAUCCUUUUAAAUCCAUCCUUGCUGUUGAUCGAUCACACUCUCUGCAGUGAUGGAUUACAAAGAUUCACUACAAUGUGGGUGAAGAGUUUCCCUUUGAAUUUACUGUAUGUCUUUCUGUGGACUGAAGUGAUGCAACCAUAUUGCGAUCACUGCCUCCUAAGUGAUCUUUAUUUUAAGCUUCCUAAUCGCCUCCAGGUCAUUGCAUAACACCCGAUCCAAUAUAGCUGAUCCCCUCGUAUGCUCAAUGACAAACUGCUCUAGAAAGUCAUCUCAUAGGCAUAGAACAAAUUCACUCUUGAGAUCCAUUGC